AUGGGAAGGAGGAGCAGCAAUUUACAACGAGACAUACCUGUUUUCCUCCUCCUCGUCUUGUCGCAAGGUGAAGAUGAGAGACUGAUUGUGAUUGCGAGCGGGGAGAAGAAGAGAAGAGGACGAGGCAGGUCCCCGCUCCUCCCUGCUUCCGAUGUGCAGAUUGCUGCGGCGGCGAGUAUGUUGCGAUGGUAUCUAGCUUCCAACGGCAUUGCGCUGCGCUUCCCCAUCGAGGGCAGCACCCUCCGUGGUGUCUGCGCGCGCGGGGUGCUCGCUCUCGGUUCCCACAGAAGUAGGAGGGCGAGGCUGCGCAGACACGCGGCGGUCUUCGCUAAGAGGAGGCGGCGGCGGCCCAGCAAGUGGCAGCGGCCGUGGUGGAAGACCUUCUUCUCGGACUGGAACGACGACGAGGAGAGCCUGGCCGGGUUGAGGGAGGACGACGAGCUGCUGGAGGAGAUUGGGGCCGACCAGGAGCUGUCGGAGAAUGAAAAGUUCGAGACGUGGAGGAGGAAGGCCGAGGCGAUUGUUGAGCUGCGCGAGGCCCAGCAGGAUGCGAUGAACGCCGAGCAGCGGUCGUGGCAGGAUUGGAUCAGUGGUGGUGGCGGUGGCGCUUCGGGGAGUGGAGGUGGGGACUGGGGUGGGGAGGCUAGCUUGGUUGACCAGAUAACUGAUGAUCCUGCGGAGAUUGUGUGGGAUAAGGGCGUUAUUGAGGUUUUGAGAAAUACCGUCGAUGAGGAUUAUGAGGACAUGCUGUUCGAAGAUCGAGUUUUUAUGUAUGCCUCGACAAACUCGGCCAAAUUUCUAGCAUUGUUGAUUGUGGUUCCGUGGGUGAUAGAUUUUCUAGUCCAUGACUAUGUUAUGAUGCCCUUCUUAGAGAGAAUGUAUUACAUGGAACAUUACCUAAUAACAGAUAUGUCCAGAAGGUGCCACUUGCAGCUGAGUUACUUGAUGAUAGAGUUGAGGGAUGAUUGGAGGCUAGAAAAUCGAGCAGCUUUUGCAAAUAUAUGGUCCGAUAUGGUUUAUGGGAUUGUUCUAUUCCUUCUUAUGUGCUUCAACCAGAGCAAAGUUGCGAUGCUGAAGUUCACAGGAUAUAAGUUGCUAAAUAAAAUUUCAGACAGUGGGAAGGCCUUUCUUAUUAUUAUAGUAUCAGACAUCCUUCUAGGGUACCAUUCAGAGUCAGGUUGGCAUACAUUGGUAGAAGUUAUUCUCGAGCAUUACGGGCUUGAAGCUGAUGAAGCGGCGGUCACAUUUUUUGUUUCUCUGUUUCCAGUUGCUUUGGAUGUGUACAUAAAGUUUUGGGUAUACAAAUAUCUUCCAAGAUUAUCACCCAGUGUGGGCAACGUUCUGGAUGAAAUAAAGCGCCAUUAG